GGCACGUGGUGGGGAAGGGACAGACUGGAGGGGUGCUGACAUGGGAAGGGAGGAAACUGUAAUUACAGGGGCUCGAGAGGGGCGAGGGUUGCCCCUCACAGCUGCUUGGGGAGCUCACCUCGAAGCGCUUGCACCCGGGCCGACGUCACAUCUCAAAGCAGGAACCUGGAAGCCUCAAUCAAGACGAAGCUCACGGAGCGGGCACCUCAGGGCUGGUCAGCAAUCCCGUCAUCCUAGCCUGGGAAAUCCAUUUAUCCCAAAAUGGCCUGGCAAAUCCCAUACCCGACAGCCCUUAGUGAACCUCUCAUUUUUUUUGCGAUAAUCAUAUCCGAUCAAUUCCAUCGUUAAUUAUUAUCACUCAAUUUUGAACUGCGCGCCCUCGGGUUCCUGACUCGUGGCCUUCUUUCACUUCACCUCAGAAAGGAUACGUCAGCAUGGAAAACCCGGCAACAGAUGGUUCUGCGGAACCUGCCAUUUCCGUCCCUGAACCCUCCAGGACCCUAACUUCAUCCCAAUUGCAUGCCCUCUUCGACAUCCUCACCCACCACGAAACUUAUGCAGAGGUGGAGAGCUUCAAGGAUCCCCGUGCCAUCUCCGAAUAUGGGUAUCCCUUUGCUCGCCGCUCCUCCGAAUCCAACGACGCGCCGUCAUACGCCGGACAUUCGGCAGCGCCGUUACUUGCCGGCUUUCUACAGAGCAUUGUGCUGCCGUUUCCAGGCGUUCGAGAUUUGCCUCCCGAAUUUUGGCACGUAAGAUUCCAAGGCAUCCUCGAGAAGCUUUCCGAGGCAGAGCUUUCAGAAUCAUACGACAAAGGCGUUUUGGGCACUCGAAAGACGCUGGCUACUGCGUCCUCGGCAAUUCAUGAGACCGUAUCGAGAGGGAUCCUCGGGGGCGUUGAAAACGGUGCAAACCGAAGCCUGUAUGGGGAGUAUGACAGGUCUGAAGCCCGGGAUCUGGCCAGGGCAUGGGAGGACGGCGUCCAGGAGCUCGUCUACGGGAACUUGAUCGACGAACUAUUCUCUUGCGCCGCCGAGAAGGACAGUCUUGAAGAACACUCCCCGGCCGUACAAGCUGCCGCAGACUACAUAAUACUUCACCUGGCAACCUUGAUACAUUAUGUCUUCAUCUUGUCACCCGAAGGUCCCUAUUUGUUGAAGCUGCUGGAGAACGUCCAUAGGCUGUUGCCAUACUCCAUGGUUAAGCAGACACUCCGCAUAGGCAAUGCAGCAAGUAUGCUCAAUGGAAUGGUACGUCUGCUGCUCGCCAAGGUCGGCGUGGGCGCGCUCUCGAACUGGGUUGGCCUAACACAAAACGCCGACGACGGCAUGAACCUGCUCCAAAGGAUUGUUUGGCUAGUACUGUCCUGGGACGCUUCCGAGUUUCGUAAAUCCGCUGAGGCCAUCGAGAAAGCAAAGGGGGCGUCAAAGGAGCAGCUUGCUGCGAUCAAAGAGUAUCUCGACAUGACGAGAGAUGAACACCACGAAAUCCGGAAUACCAGUGCCCAAAAGACCCAGUCGAUCGCUGCCACAAUUCUGGAGCGCUCGAACCCAAGCCUGCUAUCCUCGCUCACCGAGGCCCAACACACACAGUGCUUGGAGUACCUCUCCGCGUUGCUUGCGGCCCGAGAUCGUGAUGAGAUUUCCAACGCAUUCUGCCGCCAGAACCCCGAUCUCUUCACCCAGGCCGUCAAAGACGCCGUGGGAAGUUUUGAGUCCAUGAUCAGGACCAUCCACCAAAAGGUCGAUCUCCGCGAACACCUAUCGGCCGCAGAGGGGUUUAUUACUGCCUUUAUCAACGUCACCAAAGACAAAAAGGGCUCCUCGAGCCUUAUGGGCUCGUUGACGCCAGCCAAAGCCGAAGCAUCGGAGGCUCGUGCUCCUUCGGUAGAGGACUACGUUGCCCUCCUCAGAAACAACCGCCAGCUCCUCUACAAUUGGUUGCACCAAGUUGCCAGCCAAUGUCCCGAAAUCCGGGACAAUUUUUGCGCCUGGGCCAAGGAGACAAUCAAGGUGUUUCGGCAACCUGAGAACCCGGAAGUUCCUGCAGCCUCUAAAACCGACAACAAGAACGACCGCCCCGGAGCCGCCGGCGCCCUGAGCAGCCCCCUGCAGCACCUCUUUACCGCCCUCCCACCCACCACCCAAGCCCGCAUCCUCCCCGCCAUCGACGCCCACGCAACCUACCUCUCUCAGCUCGAGGCUCUCUCCCUGACCCGCAUGCAGCGCAUCCUCGACAACAUGUCGACCACCACCACCACCACCGCCACCAUCACGGCCGCAAUCUCUACCCUCGCCACUACCCCCAGUGGCCCCACAACCCCUUCCGCAACCGCACCACCCAUAACAACAACGACAGCAGCAACAACAACAGCCCCCACCUCCUACUUCUCCCCUUCGUACUGGUCCCGAUCCGGCCGCACCACCCCGCGCUCCCCCAGCCCGAAUCCGAACCCGGACCUGAGCAACAGGUCCUUCACCGGCCCGGGUAUGUACCUCUCCCGCUGGCAGCAGCUCAUGGACGACACCGUCAUUGCGCCGGCCAGCGCCACGCCCGGGGCUGGGCCGCUGAGGACGGGGCGGGAUGUUAAAGGGGUGUUGGCGCGCGGGAAGAUUGGGUCGGGGAGUGGGUGGUGGAUGGGUGCCGGGGGGUUGUAG